GUUUUUGCACACUGUAACACUACGCAAAAUGGCUACCGAAGAGAGUAUCGUCGAUACUACUGAUAACAUCGUUAUUAUUGACACCAUUGACACCAUUGACACCAUUGACACCAUUGACACCAUUGACACCAUUGACACCAUUGACACCAUUGACACCAUUGACACCACUGACACCAGUGACACCACUGACACCAUCCCUGAAUGCGAACAAGCCUUCCAGAAAGCCAUCAAUGCUUGGAAGGAAAAGCAAACCGACGGAGCGCUGUUCGAAGACGAGGAAUCCCCGGCUAUAGAAUGGUGUGGCUCUUACUAUGCGGAGCUAAACCGGGGAGUGGCCUUUCUUCAACGCAGACGACGUCUGAUCAAAGGGCAACCCAAACCAGAAAGUCCAACUGCCAAGACCGACAAGAAGCCGCCCUGGUCGCUGUUUGACCGGUUUCAGCCGCAACACCGCGAGGUCCAAGAGCGGCCAGAAGAGCAGACCACCCAGACGGGGACAGAGAAGCUCCCGGACUCCCCCCCGCCAGGCUACCCGGAGGCGUGUGAAUCUCCUUCCAAUACCGAAGUCGAAGAUGAAAUCCACGAACUGCUUCAAGGAUACUGGGAUAAUGUACGUGAAGUGGUGAAGGUUGAGAAUGACAUGCCACCGAUGACGCCCAUUCUUGAGAGGAUGGAGAUCCUCCGCUUCAACUUUGAUCGCCACGGACGCCCCUAUUUCUGGGUGCAUUUUUCUGAGUUCUGCGCGGAUACCGGCGGCUGCUGUGGGCGAUCGUGUGGGUGCUGUGAGAAGCCUUUGUUGACCUACCAGAGGCCGCAUCGAUACGACCAUGCAAAGAGGAGCGAUGUUAGCAUAUAUGGACACUGUACUGAAGAAUGUCCCUGCUGCAUCCGUGUGCGACGCCGCUAUGAACCUCAUCCAGAUCUCCCCGAGCCGCGAUUUUGAAGGCUUGGAGCAGCUGGGGGGGACUAUGGAUCUAUUAUAAGACUGCUUUUAUUAACUUUUCUUUAAUCACAGUACUAGCUUGUUAGUGAAUGUCACCACUCGUUUGAUAUUGAAUAAAG